AUGAUAUACGAUGCAUUCGUCAGCUGCUCCUAUUCAGACCGCUGGAGAGGAAUUGAACUGGUCCGUCUGAUGGAAGGCAAAGGUUACCACGUCUGCUAUCAUGAAAAAGAUUUCAUCGGCGGUCAGUCAAUCGCCGUCAACAUCGUCGAAGCAGUAACGUUCAGUAAAAGAGUCGUUUGUCUUUUGACGUCCAAUUUUCUCAAAAGUACCUACUGCAUGUUUGAAUUUCAGACAUCUCUGCACAGAAAUAUCGAACUUAAACGCAAAAGGUUAAUAGUUUUGUUGGAUGAAUCAGUUGAGGUGGAUGAGGACGUGCUGCCGAAAGAUGUCUACAACUUCCUGACGACGCACACCUACAUCGAGCUGUCGAGUAACAAGUGGACCCAUCAGCUCUUCUACAGUCUGCCUCUCAACCCCAUACAAACUAAAGUUUCUCAAGAGAUUAGGAAUUCUGUGAUAGCAACAGAUGAUGUGUCUCUGAUAACUUUUUAA